AACAUGUACGCCGAACUCCUCACUCCCCAAGUGGUCUCCCCCAGCACCAGCAAGACCCUCAGCUCUCCUCCGGGCUUUGGUGGCGACCACGCCAAGCUCGGAACCGCUCGUCCUACCAAACAGGACGACGCCCAAGUAUCGGAAUUGAAAGCCAAAAGGGCAUGGGAGCUCGCUAUCGCCCCCGCCAAAUCGCUCCCCAUGACGGCGUUCAUGAGUUACAUGACUGGAAACUCGCUCCAGAUCAUCCCCAUGACCAUGGCAUUCAUGUUGUUGUGGAACCCCAUCAAGGCCAUUUUCACCGAAACAAAUGCCCUCUUUAAGAACUUGUCCACCAAGGACAACAGCUCCACCAUCUUACAGACCAAACUCGUGUACGUGGUGUGUCAAUUGCUCAACAUGGCCGUGGGAGUGUAUAAGUUGUCCAACAUGGGCUUGAUACCGAACCGCGAAGCCGACUGGCUUGCGUGGAAAGAAGUGGUUGGCUUCAAGGAGUCACUCGUGGCGUGGUGA